AGAAUCUCGUCAAAGUGGGUUUAAAACCUUAUGUGCGGACAAACGAUCACAAAUGACUGAGCAAAAGACUAUGGAGGUACGGCUUGCGAUUGGCGAACGGGAAGUUGGCGAGGGACUUGAAUCUUCCGAAAAAAACUUCGAGGAGUUUGAUUUCAAAUGCGGGCACACUCCCGCAGCAGAUACACUUUUACGGGAAACCAUUAGUCAACUAGAAACCGCGUUACGCGAGUCUACAAAGCUGUUAGCCCAACGGGACAACGAAAUUAACAGUUUAAGAAACGAUCUUGAUUCGUGCCGUCGAAAUAGCGAUGGAAACGUCAGCGCCGCCCUUGAAGAGGAAGUAAAGAAUUCUCAGAAACGAGUUCUCGAUCUGGAAAAGGUUAUACAACAGCUUCAACAAGACAUCGCCAUUUACAAAGCAGAGCGAGAGAGCAUGCUAACGAAUGCUGAUCAACUUGAAGAUGAAACUGUCUCGGGACAGACUUGUUAUUGCGGGUCGCUGUGUGGUGCCAUGAAAGAAAUGGUUGAAUUGAAAAAGAAACUGCAAGUAACAGAACAAAAGUACAGCAAUCUCAAACGAGCUUUCAAGAGUUUGGAGCGAAGUAAGCUUUUGCACAAGUCUUUCAUGGAGAAUUCUACAGUUCAAGCCGAGAAAAAGAAAGGUAACAAUGCCGUCAAUAGUUUGGAUGAUUUUGAGAUAAAUUUCUUGGAUGAUGAUUCUGAUGGAGAAAAAGAAGAAGUUGAUGAUAGAGUAUUGACUUCAAAGAAAGAUCUCUCAGACACCGCUUCUGUAACGUCGAAUUCAUUAUUAAGAGCUACCAUCUGUGAGCUGGAGCGAGCGUUGACGGACACGAGAAGGCUUCUAUUAGUACGAGACAAAGAGAGCGCUACUUUACGUCAAGAAUUAGAAAAAGCACGCAAAGAUCUUCACAGAGAGCAACAGGUUAGAAAAAAGCUUGAACGAGAAAGCGAAUCGAAGGAGGAGAAACGCCGCAAGGACGAAAACGAGAAAUCAAAAUUAAUAGAGGAAAUCAAAGAACUAAAAGAGAAGCUGCGAGAAUUUGAAAAUCCGCAGCAAAGCAGCGAUCCAGAGGAGAUUGUACCUUGCUGUUCUUCUAUGCACGAGUUAGUUGAGCUGCAGCGUAAAUUGAAAGAAACUGAACAGCAAUUAGCAGAUUUUAAGGUAAACAACCAAUUACUGGGCAGCGAGCAAAAAAUGUUGGCCACGAUGCCACAGUUACCAAACGGAAGUGCAUCACCUAAGAACCAUAAACAGACUCAGAGAGAAAUGCAGACGCAGCUGAAAUUGAAAUUUCUACGAGAUGCUUUCUUCUACUAUAUGAUCGACUUCCACGCAGAUGAGCAGAUGAGGGCCAUUUUAGCAAUUCUAGAUUACGAAGACAGAAGACAUGAUAUCAUCAUUGAAUCGCAUAAAAUGAAGAGACAGGGCAAAAAAUUCACUGUGACUGAGGUUUCUAGUAGGUCAUUGACAUUUGUGCAAGAGGAGAAACUUUAAGGAGGCUAUUUCACUGUUUUGAGCGUCAAGAUGAAAAGCGUUUCAGUAGAAUUAACGAUUGAAAUAGUCGAUUGCGGAGUUAGAUAAAAAGCGUUGGAUAAGAAUAAAUCAAAUAUGAGCCAAGGUGGUUAAUAUUAACGCGAAUUGCAAAUUCCAAUCGUGCUGUGAACAGACUAAUUUCAGCUUGAAGGAGACCAUAAAUAUAAGUUUGGUAAGACAGGAAAUAAAAAAGGGACAAAAAUAAUCCAAGAAGUAAUAAGGAUGGACAAGACUGACGCAGAUGUAAAGUUUGUCUUGCAAGAUAGAAAACCACAA